GAGUUUAAUUUGCUUCUUUUUUUUUUAGCUUUUUCUAGCUUCUUAAGGUAGAAAGUCAGAUGAUUUACUUUAAACCCUCUUUUCCAAUUUAAGCAUUUAAAACAGUGAAUGUCCCUGUAAGCACUGCUUAAGCUGCAUUCUAUGUAUUUUGAUAUUUUGUAUUUUAGUUUUCAUUUAGUUCAAAAUAUUUUCUAAUUUCUCUUGUGAUUUCUUCUUUGAAUUAUGGUUUAUUUGGACGUAUAUCAUUUAAUUUCCAAAUAUUUGGAGAUUUUCCAUGUAUCUCUUUGUUACUGAUUUUAAUUUAAUUAUUAUGGGGUUGGAGAAUGUACUGUAUGAUUUCAGGCUUUUAAAGUUUGAGGCUCAUUUUAUGGCCCAGAAUAUAGUCUGUCUCGGUGAAUAGCUCAAGUACGCUUGAAAAGAACUUGUGACCUUGAGCAGGUCUCGUCACUUACUCUGAACUUGAGGUGCCUUGUCUGUACAGUGCCCUUCUCACCUGUGGGUAAGAAGCAGGCAGUGGGGAGCUUUGAGAUGUGGGUAGCUCUUGGUUCUGUAGGCGACAUCUGUCUUCUGACCUUGCAGAUGGCGUGUGAGGCGGAGCGCGGCCCCUUGGGUGUGUUUGAGUGCCAGCUCUGUGCCUUAGCAGCUCCAUACAGCUACGUGGGGCAGCAGCCCCCCGGCACCAAGUCUGUCGUCCUCCUGGAGGAGAGCUACGUCAUGAGGGACCCCUUCACCCCCGGCAAGGACAGAUUCCUGAUCCUCGGCUCGAGAUGCAGCUCAUGCGGCAGGCUGGUGUGCGUGGGCCCGGAAUGCAGUUUAUUCUACGCCAAGAGAUUUUGCCUCCCCUGUGUCUGGGAGAACAUUGAUGCUUUCCCUCAGGAAAUUCAGCAAGACUUGGAGAAAAGGAAAGUCCCAUCCAAGAGGCCUGCCAGCCAGCCUGGUUCUCGAACAUGAGUCCAGUCGGGUACCGGGUCCGCAGCAGUGCGCUGCACGGGGCUCCCGGCCAGCAGGCUUCUGUGGCUCAGAGAUGGGGCCAAGCUGGGAGCCGCCGUGACCGACCUUGUUUCUGGGCCGUCGGGAGCCGUGUCUGCAGCCAGAGGGAGCUGGGGUCCGCCUGCAGCAGCACCAGGGCCAGGAGCCACGCAGAGAGGGCGCCCAAAAGGCAGGCCCCAGACCCCGGCGCUCCGAAGACCGCAGCACCCCCGCCCGCACGGCCCCCGCCUUAGCAGUUGGCGAGACACUGACUGUGGGCUCGCCGUGUGCCUGCCAGUUCUUAGGGGGCAGGAACUGCUCUGUCCGAUUCUGGAGUUUCCGCAGGACCAGUACACGCUGCCUGGGGGUGUUAGAAACAUGUCUGAUGAGAGUAUGAAUAAAGAGCUUCUACUGACCGAUGUUUGUGCCGGGUUUUGUCUUCUGGGGCCACAUUGUCCCAGGUCCGCUCUGUCACUGGACUCUACAGGUAGAGACCACGUCAGCUGUGAGGCUGGGGGACCGUUCCGGGUUAAGGGCAGGCCCUGCAGCUG